AUGGUGGUUAGAGACAGGUGCGAAGGACUCAACUUCGCGUCGCGCGCACGCGACCACUUAAUUAACUUCGUGACUCUCCAGCUCCCGCUCGUCCGCCUCAACCCCUCACUUGUUCCCUCGGCGUCGUGCACACGCAUCCCUUCGACCAGUUGCCUGCUCCCACCGCUGUCUCAUUCGACACGAUUGACGGUCUCCACGGCAGCGGCGUCCCGCUGCACCAACACCCACGAACCAACGCUGCUCGACGACGCGGAAACCCACGACAACGAGGAGGAGGACGAGAAGGAGCACAGAAGAGUUCCUCCCCCGUACACGCACACCUCUCGCCCUCGACCUCCUCUCCACGUCGCCCUCAACGGCCUAUCCCUCGACUCUACCCGCCCCCUCAUCUCGUCCGCUCAACCUCUUCCACAUCCGACCCGCUCUCCCGUCCGACCCGCUCUCCCGUCCGACCCGCUCUCCCGUCCGACCCGCUCUCCCGUCCGACCCGCUCUCCCGUCCGGCCCUCUCGACCCCAUCGCUCGCUGUACUGCCCUCCCCGCUCUCCUCGCAUGA